AUGGUCCAAUCACCGCCCCUCCAAGGCCUCCGGGUCCUCGAGUUCGCCGGCCUCGCGCCAGGCCCCUUCGCUGGAAUGCUCUGCGCAGACUUCGGCGCCCACGUCCUGCGCGUCGACCGCGCCCACCCCUCCGCCCACACCGACCAGCUUCCCCCACCAACGGCCGACCAACUCACCCGCCGCAAAUCCUCCAUCUGCGUCAACACCAAAACCUCGGCCGGCAUUGAGCUGCUCAAAACCAUCAUCCCGACAAUCGACAUCCUGAUCGACCCCUUCCGCCCCGGAGUGCUGGAGAAGAUGGGUCUGGGGCCCGAGGAAGUGCUUAUGCGGCUGAACCCACGUCUGAUCGUGGCGCGGAUGACGGGGUUCAGACGGGAUGGGAAGUACAAGGAUAUGGCGGGGCAUGAUAUCAAUUACAUCGCCGUGUCCGGGGUGUUGUCGAUGCUGGGACGGCACCAUGAGAAGCCGUAUCCGCCUGGGAAUAUUGUUGGGGACUUCGCGGGUGGAGGGGCGAUGUGUUUUCUGGGGAUCGUGUUGGCGCUGUUGCAUCGGGAGCGGAAUGGGUUGGGGCAAGUCGUGGAGGCAAAUAUGGUGGACGGGAGUGCGUUUAUGGCGACGAUGCCGAGGUUCGCGACCAAGUUGCCGGUGUGGGGUGGGGAGAGAGGGACGAAUCAGUUGGACGGUGGAUGUCCUUUUUAUGACACGUAUGAGACGAAGGAUGGAGGGUAUAUGGCUGUUGGAGCCCUGGAGCCGCAGUUCUUUGCUGCGUUGUUGAAGGGGAUGGGGAUUGAGGAGAGCGCGAUUGGUGGGAAUCGGAUGGAUAAGGGGACGUGGAAGAAGCAGGCUGAGAUGUAUACGGCCAAGUUCAAGGAGAAGACGAGGGCGGAGUGGGAGAAGAUCUUUGACGGGACGGACGCUUGCUGUACUCCAGUCAUUACGCAGCGAGAGCUUGAGAAGGACGGGUUCGACCAGCGACCAGUUGUUACGCUGAAGAGCUCGCCGAGUCUGGCGAUGGCCGACUCAGAUCUGGAGGAUCGGCCGGUUGCUGAGGGCCAGGGCAUUGGCAUCACCGGAAACGGGUGGGAGUCGAAGGGUAUGAGUCCUAGCGAUGGCGGCGAGGAGAUCUUGUCAAUCUGGAUGGGUUGGGUCAAGGGGAGGCAUUAUGAAGUCAAGGAUGGCGCACUUGAGUUUGUUGAAAGAGGCAGCAGGCCGAAGCUGUAG